AUGUUUCCUCGGACACCGCGUUUUCCUGAAAGCAGCAGUCGCAGCAGCAGCCCGAGCAGCAGGAGCAGCAGCAGCAGAAGCAGCAGCAGCAGCGAGGGUAGCGGCAGCAGAAGUGGCAGUAGGAGCAGCAGCGGUAACAGAAGCAAGUCUGGCAGUGCUCGCAGCAGCAUUGAUAGCAGCAGCAGCAACAGCAGGAGCAGCAGCAAUAGCAGCAGCAAUAGCAGCAGCAGCAGCAAUAGCAGCAGCAGCAGCAACAGCAACAGCAGCAGCAGCAGCAGCUUAAAACCCUUCCGAUCCCCCAGUGAGGUAUUUAGACUACUAGAUGAUAAGGUGGUAGCAGAAGCAGCAGCAGCAACAGCAGCAGCAGCAGCAGCAGCAGCAACAGCAGCAAAGACACCAAUACACCCCGGUUGGGUGCCUCGUGCCUCGUCGUCAGCUCCUGCUGCACCUUCAUUAGACACCUCUGCUGCUGCUGCUGCUCGCACACGAGGGAGACUGCCCGCCGUGAUACAGGCAAUGCAGGAGGAGGCAGCGCAGCAGCAGGAGCAGAAGCUGCAGCAGCUGCGCCAAUUUGUACUCCUAUUAAAAGAACUACGAGCAACAGCAGAAGCAGAAGCUCGGCUGUCUGCUGAGAGGACAGCAGCAUUUGCUGCUGAUCGUUCCUUCUUCUUGCUGCAGCAGCUGAAUCAAUUCAGCAGCAAUCUGCAGCAACUGCAGCAGAAGCAGCAGCAGCAGCAGCAAAAUCUACAGACCCUACUGCAGCAAAAAGAGCAGCAAGACAAGGAAAUAAAAAAUCUACGUUUGCUGCUGCAGCGGCAAUCAAGGGUGCUGCAGCAGGUAAAUGUCCUUAUAAAGGAGCAUGCAGCAGCAGCUGCUGCUGCGGCAGCAGCAGCAGAAGAGGACGGAGCAGAGGGCCCGGCUAUUGCUGCUGCUGCUGCUGCAGCAGCAGCAGCAGCAAAGCUGCAGACAGACGCAGCAGAGCUGCAGCAGCCAGACAGCCAGCAAUCAGAAGGCGACAGCAGCAACAACAGCAUCCCUGGCCAGCAACUGCCAGCUGCAGCAGGAGGAGGAGCAGCAGCAGGAGCAGCAGCAGCAGCUCCUGCUGCAGCAGACGAAGAGAGCGAGGUAUUGGCAGUAAGAGAGAGACAACUAGAGAGAUUGGCGAAGGAAUUAGAUCAGCAACAUCUUCUUUGUAUUGCACAGGGUGAAGAGAUUCAGCGUUUAUUAAAAGAAGCAGAAUGUGAGCAAUGGAGAAGAAGAGAGGCAGAGAAGGCAGUAGAUAAAGAAAGAAAAAAAAGAGAAGAAUUACAGGCACAGCUUAAGCUAACGGACAAAUCUAGUCGCUAUAAAUCGCAGCUGAGCAGCAGCAGCGUUCCUGUGUCUCUGCGGCUGUCGCACAACCACAGCCUGGGCAGCAGCAGCAGCAGCAGCAACAACAACAACAACAACAGUAACAGCAACAGCAACAACAACAGCACAAACAACAGCAACAACAAUAACGACAGCAGCAGCAGCAACAGCAGCAGCAGCACCGAUCACGAAGCCCUGCUGCUGAUGCUGAAUAAGGAAGUAGAGGAGCUGGUGCAUGCAGCAAAGCUGCAGCAGGCAGCAGAAGCUCAGAGGCGGCUGCUGCUGCAACAGCAGCAGCAGCAGCAACAGCAACAACUGCAGCAAACAGCUGGACAUUGCAGGCAUACCCUGCUGCAGCCGCCUAUAGCAAUUGAUGCUGCUGCAGCAGCAAAUGCAGCAGCAAAUGCAGCAGCAGCAGAAGCAGCAGCAGACACAGAAGGUGCAGCAGCUAGUGCAGACACAGCUGGCCAAAAACCAGCAGCAGCAGCAGCAACCACUACAGCAGCAGCAGCAGACACAGCAGCAGCAGCAGGCACAUCACCAGCAGACACAUCACCAGCAGGUGACAGACAGCUGGCUCCCGUUGAUCGGCAGCAGCAACAGCAGCAGCAGCAGGAACAGCAGCAGCAGCAGCACUCGCAGGCACAUCUGUAUUCCCUGUGGUCUGCAGCCCCGGAGGAGCCCGUAGAUGUGCAGCUGCACCUGGACUCUCUUGAGGAUGCAGCAGCAGCACUGCACGGCAGCAGCAGCAGCAGCAACAAUGGCAGCAGCAGCAAAGGCAGCAGCAGGAACAGCAGCAACGAGAUACCACGCAGCAACAGCUAUGAGCCUCUUGGUACCUGCCAUAACGAAACAGCAGCAGCAACAAAAGCAGCAGCAGCAGCAGCAGCAGCAGCAGGGGCAUCUGGUGCAGAGGCUCUCCCCUAA